CUCCUCCUUCCACUUUAGAAAAAGGCAAGAGGGUAUAUAGGAGCAAUACAACAAGCAUAUCAUUUUUUAUACCAGAAAAAGUGAUUCGAAUCACAUAUUGAAAAACCCAAAAAAAGAGGGUCAAUUAUUGUUUUGUCCGUAGGUUAUCACGAGCCAAGAUGAUGAUGUUCGUGUUUUUUGUUUUCCUCUUGGCUGGAUCUUUCUCAGUGAUUAAUGGUGAAGAUCCUUACGUGUUCUAUACUUGGGAAGUCACCUAUGGUACUCUCUCUCCUCUGGGAGUCCCACAACAAGUUAUUCUCAUCAACGGCAAAUUCCCAGGACCCCUCAUUAAUGGUUCAUCGAAUAACAAUUUCGUUGUCAAUGUCUUCAACAAGCUUGACGAGCCAUUUCUCUUAACCUGGCAAGGUGUUCAACACAGGAAGAAUUCAUGGCAAGAUGGUACACCAGGAGCUCAAUGCCCUAUCCCACCUGGCACAAACUUCACCUAUCAUUUCCAGAUCAAGGACCAGAUCGGAACUUUCUUCUACUUCCCCACCACGGGAUUACACCGUGCCGCCGGCGGGUUUGGCCCAAUUCGCGUGUUCAGUCGUCUGUUGAUUCCUGUCCCUUACCCAGAUCCUGAAGGUGAGUUUGAUUUCCUCAUUGGUGAUUGGCACACAAAGAGCCAUUCAACUCUUAGAAAGUUCUUGGACAGUGGUCGCUCUAUUGGGAGACCAGAUGGAGUUCUGAUCAAUGGCAAAUCAGCGAAAGGUGAUGGCAAGGAUGAACCAUUAUUCACAAUGAAAGCUGGCAAAACAUAUAAAUACAGAGUCUGCAAUGUAGGGAUUAAGAACUCACUCAACUUCAGAGUCCAAAAUCAUCCCAUGAAGCUCGUGGAAAUGGAAGGAUCUCACGUUGUUCAAAACAUGUACGACUCACUUGAUCUCCAUGUAGGUCAAUGCCUUACAGUGCUCGUGACAGCUGAUAAAGAACCUAAAGAUUACUACGUUGUUGCUUCGACUCGAUUCUCCAAGACUCUUGUUGUGGGAAAAGGAAUUAUUCGUUAUGAAAAUGGAAAAGGACCAGCUUCACCAGAUCUACCUGAAGCACCAGUAGGUUGGGCUUGGUCUCUGAACCAGUUUCGAUCUUUCCGAUGGAAUCUAACUGCUAGUGCAGCUAGACCUAACCCUCAAGGUUCAUACAAAUAUGGUCAGAUUCCGAUCAAUCGUACAGUUAAGUUGGUUCAUUCGGUUAGUAGGGGACAAGGGAAGCUUCGCUAUGCAAUCAAUGGUGUGUCUCAUGUUGAGCCUGAAACGCCAAUGAAGCUUGCAGAAUACUACGGAAUUUCUGAUAAGGUGUUCAAAUAUAACAUCAUGCCUGAUCAGCCACCAGCAAAUCUGGAAAAUGUCAUUGAAGCCCCAAAUGUCAUGAACAUCACAUUCCGUGAGUUCGUUGAGAUCAUCAUCGAGAAUCACGAGAAGAGCGUCCAGUCUUAUAACUUGGAUGGCUAUUCCUUCUUCGCGGUCGCGAUUGAGCCUGGGAAGUGGAGUGUAGAGAAGAGGAAGAACUAUAACCUUCUGGAUGCUUUGAGCAGGCACACAGUGCAAGUGUUUCCAAAGUCAUGGGCAGCGAUACUGUUGACAUUCGACAAUGCAGGAAUGUGGAACUUCAGGUCGGAGAUUGCAGAGAACCGCUACUUGGGACAACAGUUCUACAUUAGCAAUUUGUCGGAAAACAAAUCUUUAAGAGAUGAGUACAACCUUCCAGAUUUUGUGUUGAAAUGUGGCAUCGUUAAGGAUAUGCCAGUGCCACCGCCUCAAUACACCUAAUUUUUUUUAUACGUUAAUUGUUUCUUCUUUUCUUUCUUUCUUUCUUUCUUUCUUUCUUUUUCCUUUCUUUUUAUCCUUUUUAGUUAUUAUUGCGAUUAUAUGAGAAACUUUUGAGAUGGAAAUUCAGUAGAGUGUUGUAAUAAUUUAAUAAUUGAUGAGGUUGGAAUAAUUCUGUCUUUGAUCUGUGUGAUCAAACCGUUUCUAUAAAUGUAGCUACACUUUUGUCCUA